AUGUCUUCAUUCAUCAAAAAUGAUGAUAACGACAACGACGACGACGGGCUUAUAGAUCUGCUUGAUGAAAUCAAGUCUCUUGCACCAUCUCCACGUAUUUCGCCGGCUUCGCCGUCUCCAUUCGUCUCAUCUGCGAUACCACGUUCGUCCGAAGAAAUUCAUAUUUUACCUGAGGGAAACGACGAGCUGAUUUCGGAAAUUCCGAAAUGGCAAUACGCCCAGGCCGCGGCACUUGAAUAUUUUAGAUCCAAAUUCGCCAACCCAGUUUGCCGUUGUUUUUAA